CAUGGCGGAAGCCGCACGCGAAGGCCCGAGAAGCUCGGUGUGGAAGCUGUGUUGUGAUGGGUCGGAGGAGAGCGCCGGGCAGUGGGUCGCUGGGCCGGACCCUCGUCCGCCAUCAGACUCAGCGGAGCCGUAGCCACCGUCACGCUGACUCCUGGUUGCACACAAGUGAACUCAAUGAUGGCUAUGAUUGGGGUCGUCUUAAUCUUCAGUCGGUGACAGAACAGAGCUCCCUUGAUGACUUCCUGGCAACUGCAGAACUUGCAGGAACAGAGUUCAUAGCUGAGAAGCUUAAUAUCAAGUUUGUGCCCCCUGAGGCUAGAACUGGACUCCUGUCAUUUGAAGAGAGCCAGAGAAUUAAGAAACUCCACGAGGAAAACAGACAGUUCUUGUGUAUACCAAGAAGACCAAACUGGGACAAAGACACUAGCCCAGAAGAACUCAAACAGGCAGAGAAAGACAACUUCCUAAAAUGGAGGCGUCAGCUUGUCCGGCUAGAAGAGGAACAAAAGCUGAUACUCACUCCAUUUGAGCGAAAUUUGGACUUUUGGCGCCAGCUCUGGAGGGUCAUUGAGAGAAGUGAUAUCGUGGUGCAGAUAGUAGAUGCCCGAAACCCCCUCCUGUUUCGAUGUGAGGAUCUGGAGUGCUACGUGAAAGAAGUAGAUGCCAGUAAGGAGAACGUCAUCCUCAUAAACAAGGCAGACCUGUUGACUGCUGAGCAGCGCAGUGCCUGGGCCUCAUACUUUGAAAAGGAAGAUGUGCAGGUUAUCUUCUGGUCGGCUUUGGCUGAAACCACUCAGCUGAACGGUGACUCUAAGGAACAAGUACACAGAGAUCCUGGAGAGCCCAACACAACCGAGUCUGAAAACUCUAGUUCGGAUGAGACUGAGCAUCUCCAGGUCAGGGGUCCUCACCCUCCCGGUGGAGAGUCCAGCAGUGAUGAAGAUGACAGUGAGUAUGAGGACUGCCAGGAGGAGGAGGAGGAGGAUUGGCGGACGUGUUCAGAAGAAGACAGCGGCCCUGAGGAGGAGGUCUGUGAGCGGGCCCAGAAGGAGAGCUGCGCUGUGGGUCCUGAGGCUCAGGACGGGAAAGCCCUGGGGAAGAGGCAGAUACACAACCUCAGCCACCUGGUGUCAAAGCAGGAAUUACUGGACCUCUUCAAGCAGCUGCACACUGGAAGGAAGGUGAAGGAUGGACAGCUCACUGUUGGAUUGGUGGGCUACCCGAAUGUUGGUAAAAGUUCAACCAUUAACACCAUUAUGGGCAACAAGAAAGUGUCCGUGUCUGCCACCCCUGGCCACACCAAGCAUUUUCAGACUCUCUAUGUGGAGCCCGGCCUCUGCUUAUGUGACUGCCCAGGCCUGGUGAUGCCGUCCUUUGUGUCUACGAAGGCGGAGAUGACUUGCAGUGGAAUCCUCCCAAUUGACCAGAUGAGAGACCAUGUCCCACCGAUAUCACUGGUCUGCCAGAAUAUCCCCAGGCACGUUUUGGAAGCUACCUAUGGCAUUACUAUCAUAAAGCCGAGAGAGGAUGAGGAUCCCCAUCGACCUCCAACGUCAGAAGAGCUGUUGACGGCUUAUGGACACAUGCGAGGCUUCAUGACAGCACACGGGCAGCCGGACCAGCCUCGAUCCGCACGCUAUAUCCUGAAGGACUACGUCAGUGGGAAGCUGCUGUACUGUCAUCCUCCCCCGGGAAGAGACCCUGUGAUGUUUCAGCAUCAACAUAAGCGGCUCCUGGAGGACAGAACAAAUGGCGAUGAAGUUAAAAUGCAGCCAGGUGGAAAUAAGAAGGCAAAACAGAUUGAGAAUGUAGUUGACAAAACGUUUUUCCAUCAAGAGAAUGUGAGAGCCUUGACCAAGGGAGUCCAGGCCGUGAUGGGUUACAAGCCUGGGAGUGGCAUGGUGACUGCAGCUACUGUGAGCUCUGAGAAUGGGGCUGGGAAGCCCUGGAAAAAACACGGCAACAGAAAUAAGAAAGAGAAAAGUCGUAGACUCUACAAGCACCUGGAUAUGUGAACCUGGGCUGCAACUGAAAUGGAUCUGCGUGGUGCAGGGGAGAACAGAGGCUGGUGCCUCCUGUGGAGCUCUUCCAGGACCCUGGCUCCACAGGAUGGACCCUGCCCUUGGGGCGCACAACCACAUCCAGUGAUGUCAAGAUGGAGAGGCACCUGGAAACACCACGUCCACCUGUGGUCAUCCGGAGCCCCAGAAACCCGCUCCCUAGGAUGAGUGAAUGAAUGAUGAAUGGUGUAUGCCUGUGUGCAUGUACACACAUGCUUACUAAUUUGUAAUUUGAAUUUUUUGAAAAGAUAAUUAAAUUAGCAGUUUUGAAUGUUUUU